GGCUCGUCAGGUCAAUUCAGCAGAUCAAAGCGGCGGCAGAGCGAAAGCUCGGAACCUAUUCGCCCAGUACCCAAGCGACAGAUGAAUCCCAAUGACGCCGACGAGGUGCAGCAUACAGUCAACUUGAGUUCUCUAGAAGCUCUCCGCUCGGGAAGUGCUCUAUCUUCCAAUACUGUCUUCGCCGCUCUUCACAUUAUUGAAUGUGCCCACGGAGAGAGGGUACAAAUUGUCGACCCCGCCACUGCGCAAGCUUUUAGCAGGCCCGUCGGGCCUUCAGUCCGGCUUAUGAUACCUUUACUUCGCGAGAAUCAUUGGGCACUAGGUGUCAAAGAGGCUGGACAGAAUGUUCUUCGAGUGUACGAUCCGCAGCCUUCAUCAGCCAAUCGUCACGCUGUCAAGGAGAUAGUGGCCGGAAUGUCGAUGCCGUUUGCAUUGCCUGAUAUAAAAUUUACGGCACCACUGCUGCAAGAUAAGGAAGAGGACUCUGGACUUCUUCUUGUCAUCGCGGCAUUGUUUAUCUCCUUGGAUUUGCCAGUCCCACAAGAUGCGGAUACAACUUUUUGGCGCGAAGCUCUUCACAUUUUUCUGAUGCCGAUGUCGAUUGACGAGACCGACUUUAUUCAUAAGAGAAUGGUUGAAGAGCCGCCGCCUUUGCAACGCAAAAUUGAGAGAAUGACAAUACCAGGCGGAAAGAUUUGUCUUGGCCACAUACCUACAUCUCUUACCCCACUAGAGCUUUUGGGCCUGCUUGAGAAACUGCACAUUGAGGUGUCGGCCAUGCAGAACAGAGUUGAACUCAACACAGCAUGCGCUUCCUCUGCCCUACAAAUUGCAACGGCUCACAAGACUUCUGCAAAGGAGAGAUGUUCACGAGACAUCAGAAUGAUUGGAGAAGACGUCAUCGGUUCAUUGGUGCGAUUCAAUAGGCUCGAAAAAGCGUGUCAAGGCGUUAGUGAAGAUACACUUGCCAUGCGGCUGACUCUGUCGCGUAUUUUAGAUUCCCUGACGAUAGGCGAGAAUACUUCAUAAGGGAUCCAGAUGUCAGAUAAUUAUUAAUCAAAGCAUUAUAGUGAAUUUCGAUGACCACUUUCUCGGUUGCGAUGCUGGCAGGAUGAAUGCGCCGCCAAUUUGGAUAAGAGAAUAAUGCCUCCAAAGGUGAUUGGACCCGCCCGACACAUGCCUUACGGGGAAAGAGCCACGAGACGACCAUUCUGGCAGUAAUGCACAAACUGGGCUUCGUCAGGCUGAUGCUCGCACUUUCGUUGUUUGACAUUGAC